CUUCUCCCGUAACGUUGGACGCACACACAACUUCAUCAGUCAGCACUAACAAAGACAACUCCGGCGGUCUUUCCCUUGUCCGGGGAAGCUUUCCACAAUGUUAACACUGCAGAUGAAAGACGCGCCCUUGAUCCGUGAUCCUCUUUCCCGCACAGGAUGUGGACAUGCUUCCCGCGGCGUCAAUGGAGGUACACCGCCAAUCUUGGACGAAAAGACCAGGCCCUGGAAGAAAUUAGUGAACGUUUCUCUGACAGGUGCGGCCGGGAGGAUAUCGAAUCAUCUGCUAUUCAAACUUGCCUCCGGUGAGGUUUUUGGACAGGACCAACCACUAGCACUGAAGUUAUUGGGCUCGGAAAGUUCAGUACAGGCACUAGAAGGUGUAGCGAUGGAACUGGAGGAUUCAUUGUAUCCACUGCUAAGGGAAGUCAGCAUCGGCAUAGAUCCUUAUGUGAUCUUCAAAGAUGCAGAUUGGGCCCUUCUAAUUGGGGCCAAACCCAGAGGACCUGGAGUGGAACGAGCUGCCAUACUAGAUAUCAAUGGUCAAAUCUUUGCUGAACAGGGGAAAGCACUUAACGCUGUGGCAUCUCGGAAUGUGAAAGUCAUAGUUGUUGGGAACCCCUGUAACACUAAUGCUUUGAUCUGCUUGAAAAAUGCUCCCAACCUACCAGCAAAAAACUUUCAUGCACUGACAAGGUUGGAUGAAAAUAGAGCCAAGUUUCAGCUAGCAUUACAAGCUGGUGUGUUUUAUGACAAAGUAUCAAAUAUGACUAUCUGGGGAAACCAUUCAACAAAUCAGGUUCCUGAUUUCUUGAAUGCCAAAAUUAAUGGGAGGCCAGUAAAAGAAGUCAUCAAAGAUACAAAGUGGCUAGAAGAGGAUUUCACUAUAACAGUUCAAAGGCGUGGAGGUGUGCUCAUCGAAAAAUGGGGCAGAUCUUCAGCUGCGUCAACCGCUGUUUCCAUCGCCCACGCCAUGAGGUCCCUUGUGACUCCUUCCCCAGAAGGGGACUGGUUCUCUACAGGGGUUUAUACGACCGGAAAUCCUUAUGGCAUAGCAGACGACCUCGUAUUCAGCAUGCCGUGUAGAUCAAAGGGUGAUGGCGACUAUGAACUAGUUCAAGAUGUGGCAAUGGACAAUUUUCUCUGGGGGCGGAUAAAAAAGAGUGAAGCAGAAUUGAUCGCCGAGAAAAGAUGUGUUGCCCAUCUUACAGGGGAGGGUAAUGCAUUUUGUGAUCUUCCUGCGGAUACAAUGCUUCCAGGAGAGAUGUAGUUCCACUGCUAUCGGUCUUGCUAGCAAUCUGCCAAUGGCCACCCGUCUAUGUUAUUCUGUUAUUAGAAGGGUGACAACAUUCCCAACAGGAAGAACGAUAGUUGCAAGAAACGACUGCCUGCAGGCUGUUGCAGCUAUUUUCUUCUGUAAUAAGCACGCAGACUUUUGUCGUGCACUAGUGUUUCAGGGACAAAAUAAAUGUGAUUGAGAAAUAAAAAAUUUGCUUUCUAUCA